UGUUGAUUGAACACGAAACACAUACUCGAUUCGACUGGAGUUUACUGAAAAGAAACUUUGUUUACAUAUGGGAUUUAAGUGUGGAUGACCACUUUUUGUGAAUUCACGUUGCAUCCGUAUAUCACAUCCGGAAAUGUUUUCCUUUCAACGACCUUGCUAAUCUUGGCGGCGGAAAUGAAAUAUACAUGUACAUAGGUCUUGGACAUCGAAAAGUCCGUGCAUUGUGCUUUUGGUGUUGUCUGAAUCGUGCUCACAAUUUCAUUUUCCAAUUCAUUAGGUAACCCCCCAAAAAUAUGACUGUGGAACUUGACAGAGUGAUCGAUGAUGCUCGAGCUAAGAGAAGUGGAUACAAAAGUUUCGGCGAUGCUUUGCCUGAAGAUAAGUCUGAGCUGCACACACUGCAAAACUUUUUAUCCACGAUCGUGAGUUGGUUCAUUUGCUGUGGCAGACGACGCUCAGAUGACGAAUCUCGGGGACCGGAAAGGGGUCGCGCAGACGAGUCAUCGAGGCGCUCCCUGGGGACGCUGGAGGGAGUUUUUGCCCCUGUCGCACUCUCAAUGUUUAGCACACUGCUAUACUUAAGGACAGGUUUUGUGGUGGGCCAGGCUGGGAUUCUGGAGUCGGUUCUUCAGCUUGUUCUAGCUUAUUUCAUCUUGGUUAUGACUGUGCUGUCAAUCAGUGCCAUUUCAACUAAUGGAGCGUUAGAAGGAGGAGGGGCCUAUUACAUGAUCAGCAGAGCCCUGGGUCCAGAGUUUGGGGGUAGUAUUGGCUUCCUGUUCUUUGUGGCCAAUGUCCUGGCUGUGGGUCUCUAUGUUACAGGCUUCGUGGAGGCCAUGAUAGAGAACUUUGGACCAGGGGGCACCAUGGUAAAACAUGCAUUUUUGAAAGGUGACCACGACUUCUGGUACAAGUACCUGUACUGCUCCAUCGUUUUGUUUGUGUGCCUGGGUAUCUGCAUCGUUGGAGGAGCAGUGUUCGCAAAGACAUCCCUAGUCAUUUUUUUGGUUGUGGUUGUCUGUCUUCUCUCGGUGUUUAUAAGUGUAUUUGCCAAAAACUCCACGACUGAGAUAGAAUAUGCUCAACAGGCCAAACACACAUUUGAGAGGAGGAAUAUUUCUCUCGAAUGUUUUCAAGCAAAUGCCAGCGGUUUCGUUCUACAGGAUGGAGCCAAUUAUACAGGUCUACGGGCAAAGACGUUCAAGGAUAAUACAUUCUCUGAGUACCAGAAGGAUUACAUAACCAAGGAUCUGAUGACCUUCGCCACAGUGUUUGCUAUCCUUUUCAGCAGUGUGACAGGCAUCCUUAAUGGAGCCAACAUGUCAGGGGAACUGAAGGAGCCAAGUAAAGCCAUCCCUAAGGGCACACUGUAUGCCGUCAUGUUCACGUUCAUUUCUUACUUACUGCUAAUCAUUCUCGUCGGAGGAUCGAGUGACAGGUGCCUCCUCCUGAACAACUAUAUUUUCCUUCAGGAGAUAAACCUGUGGAAGCCAUUCGUCCUGAUCGGGAUAUUUGCUGCUACUCUGUCUGCUGCCCUGGGUAAUCUGAUAGGAGCCUCGCGGAUUCUACAGGCCCUGGCUAAUGACCAUUUGUUCUGGUUUGUUCUAAAUCCUGCCACGAUCACUACAAAGUCUGGAAACCCCUAUGUGGCUGUACUCAUCUCAUGGUUCCUUGUUCAACUUGUGCUAUUGGUGGGCUCUCUGAACGCUAUCGCCCCCGCCGCCUCCGUGUUCUUUCUGAUGUCUUACGCCUCGGUUAACCUGGCCUGUCUAGCUCUGGAGCUGGCAUCGGCACCUAACUUCAGGCCGACCUUCAAGUACUUCACCUGGUACACCUGCACUCUGGGCUUGAUUGGCUGUAUAGUGAUGUGCUUCCUGAUCAGCUCCCUCUACUCCUCCAUCGCCAUCAUCGUGAUGCUGAUCCUAGCCAUCGUCCUCCACUUCCGCUCCCUGCCCACCCAGUGGGGCUCCAUCAGCCAGGCACUCAUCUUUCACCAGGUAAGGAAAUACUUGCUGAUGUUGGAUCCAAGGAAAGCCCAUGUCAAGUACUGGCGUCCUCAGAUUCUGUUACUGGUGGCUAAUCCGCGUCAGUGUUCAGAACUCAUCACGUUCAUCAACGACAUCAAGAAAGGCGGACUGUACGUGAUCGGCCACGUCAAGCUGGGAUCCCUGGAUUCGUAUACCACUGACCCAAUUUUAGAGGAAAAUCCAAAAUGGCUGGGACUGAUUGAUUAUCUCAAAGUGAAAGCUUUCGUGGAAGUGACAAUGGCAAACACUGUCUCCGAAGGUUUACAACACUUGCUUAGGCUCUCUGGAAUGGGGGGUAUGAAACCCAACACGGUUUGCUUCGGUUUUGUGGACGACUCCAAACCAAAGGAUACUCUGAGUUUCAUGAAUAAUGAGAGGAGGAGGCGUUUUUUCACGCGAUUGGAAAGUGGAAAGAAAGUGAGUAUUGACAAUUUGUUUAUGAAUGUCAGAGGAGACGGAGACUCAGGACAGCUAAGUCCUCUGGAAUAUGUGAAGCUGAUUUCUGAUUCCUUGAAAAUGCAGAAGAAUGUCUGCCUGUGCCGACAUUUUGACCAGCUGAGCAAGCAAUCCAUCGUCAAUUCCAAAAAGACCCUCUUCAUUGAUGUGUGGCCGGUGAAUCUCUUUCGUCCGGACACUGCCAACUUCUUUGACAACACCUGUCUCUUCAUGCUCCAGUUAGCAUGUAUUCUGACCAUGGUCCCGGGCUGGAAGUCUAAAACCAGGCUCAGAGUGUUCCUGUGUUUGAAUGCGCAGACUGACAACACACUUCAGAAGCAACAAAAACUGGACGCUUUUCUCCAUCAGCUCCGGAUCGAGGCCUCUGUGAAAAUCGUCACCUGGGACCACCUGGUGUCACACCUACCAGUCAUGUCGGGGAACAGCAGCGAUAAGCUUACCCUAAUGGAGAAGUUCCACGCAGUUCCGACGGAGUUCAUCAGUUCAAUCAACCAACUGAUUACCUCGUAUUCCAGCACUACAGCGCUGAGUUUCAUGUAUCUCCCCGUCCCCCCCACGGACGUUCGGGAGAGUGAUACCUAUCUUAACAGUCUAAGGUUGUUGUCUGACAAUCUUCCUCCCACGGUCUUUGUACAUGGACUGCAUCCAGUAACUUCAACCACACUUUGAUGAUGUCAGACCUUAACAAAUUGUAACAUGAACUGUCCAUUCCAUAUUAAGUGAAGAAGAUUGGGUGGGUUUUUUUUCAUACACAAACAGAAACCAUCCAAUUUUUUUGUUAUUGGUGGCAAAAUCUUUAUAUGCUUUUGUUUGCAAUAUACAUGUAUAUUAAGCUUGUAUGAAGGAUCAUGACUUAAACAACUGUGAUAUAAUGUGGUUUCAUUAAUAUUCAUGGGCAUAAUUUUUCAUGAGUCUGGUUAAAUUCACAUUUUUUAGGAUUCAGUAAUUCAUAGACAAUGAUUCUACAUGUGCUCUAAAAAUUGUGACUUGGAUGUACAGUUUGUUUUAAAACUUAAGGAUUGACUUAACAUUGAAAUCCCCUCAAAACUUCAGGACUGACUUAACAUUGAAAUCCCCUUAAAACUUAAGGACUGACUUAAAAUUGAAAUCCCCAAAAAGUGGGGUUUUUUUCAAAUGAUGAUGAUGUCACAUAUACAUUUGUUUAAAAAAAAUGUAUAAAAAGUAUAAUAAGUGCAAUAGAUGGCUUGUUUUCCUGAAUAACUUGUAGUUUAGUUUUGACUACUGCAAUAACAAUCAUAGUCUUGACUGCUGCAGGGUUAUUGUUGCUGAUGUAAAUUAAUAAAUCAUUUUCCAUGUUAACUGUAUGUUGUGACACUUUUUCAAAAGUUCAACCAAAAAUCUGUGCAGGUUUUUUUUUUUUGUUUCAAAAUGUCCAUGAAACCAUCCAUGAUAUUCAAAUUUCAUAGGAUUUACUUUUUGAAAUGGUAGUAUAAUGUUAAUGCAGUAUUGAUAUUUUCUUAUACAUGUUGUGUAGUAUAAUUUUUUACCUGUAGGUAUUCUUAGUGCAAUAUAAUUGUGCUUCAGGUUUAAAGCCAGUCAUCAAUAUGAAGAUAUACAUGUAGUUUUAGCUUACAAUUUCUGUAGCUUUAUGGUGUCCUAAAAUUUCUUGAUGAAAUCUGCUAUUUUUUAUACAAUGUUCUUUGUAAUUAUGUAAUAACAAGAAUUAUUCAACCAAUAAAUUCUUUGUUCAGUUAUAGUAAAAAAAAAAAAAAAUAGACCUUGUUGUUAUAAAAAAUGUAAAAUUGGAAAAGGCAAUAAUAUACUAGUACUUUUCUGUACUAUUUCAGGUAUAAAUGUUUUGCAGUUAUCAAUUGAACAAAAUAAAUUUUUACAAUAUUU